CAGAUUUGGGGCUCUAUGGUGGAAAAUUCUUACUGAAGACAGGCACAAUUCUGUCAACGCCAAGACAAAUUUACUCUUCAUAAAAUGACUGACAGACGAUCUUCUCAGGCGGAGAAAAAAAUGGAAUAUAAGAUGCUUUACUGAAUAAAUGAAGUAUGCAGGGGAGCAGAAGAGGCAAAGGAACACCAAGCAAGUUGAAUGGAGUUUAUACCAUUAGAUGUAAUUUGACCUCUCAAAUUUGUUGGAGGGCAAAUUGCUUUUAAUGGGAUCACAUCGCAUCAGAAGGCAACAGACCAGAGAAAUCGUCCCCCCCUCUCUCUCACUUCAGGGCAUGGUGAUGUAAGCUUUAUCAACAUGACUUCAUACAAAUGAUCAGUGAUACUCACAUGAGACAAGGACUGUACCGGGGAUAAAUUUAAUUCACAUGGCCCUAUUCUGCUCAUUCUCUGUUUUAUUCUACAAGGGAGAAUAUUGAUCUCAUUGUCUUGCAUAUACUUGAGUGUUGAAAUAUGCUGACAUUUUUGUUCUUGCAAGCUGUAAAGAUCCUCAACAAACAGUCAAGUUUAAUAAUUUGUUUUUAUAUUGAUUGCACGGAUGAUGGAACUCUUCAAUUUGGCGUCUUUGUGUUAUGACAUGUUUGGAAAUGCAUCUUACAAGGUAAUUUGAGGCUGCAUUUCAAGUGAAUUUCUUGCUAAGGAAUGAGCAUAUCCAUGUUUGGAGCACGAUUUGGCUGGUAUGGUAAUGUGCUUUGCCACGAUUGAAUAUCUUUGACUCUACAAUUAUUUAGAUGAGGUUAUAAAGUGACACUGUUAUCGACACCCCAAGCCAAUGACAAGAUGGGUGAUUCUACAGCGUGUCUCAAAUUCCUAAUGGUAGGCAAAAGAAUGUACAAAGACUGCAUUUUGGAGCCAUUUUGGGUAAUCCCACACCCUUCUUGAAAGGAACGCAGACAUGCUCCUGCACAAAUCUCUCUCAUCCAUCGUCAAUGAGAAUGGCCCAAUUAUUAAGUCUGCUAGAGUAAUUCAUGCGGAUCUCCGUACAACCUGAUCGAAAUACUGAUAAAAUUCCAUAAAAACAACUCAUAUUUAGAGAGUAAUUGGAAUAUCAAUGAAAACAUUGCAUGCGUGGAGUGACUCACGUGGCUUUAAAAUCUUUAUUAAAUGACACAAAUUUAAGAUAAAAGGUAAACUACUCAGGGAUUCUCCCAGUGAAAGAGUAUAAUAAAGCACAGUUUGGAGCAGUCUACAUCUCAGAUGGUUAUUUGAAAAUUGUGAAAAGACAACGACAGUCAGGAUUCAGGAAAGCAUUCUCAUGACUGUCACAAUGGUUUAAAGCGCCUAGAUGAAUGAACAUUGUGUAUCUAUAGGAUAAUAAGGUCACACUUUCAAUAUGGAUGAUCUACUAAACUCAUCCAAUCAACAUAAUCCUGAAUCAGAAAACUUGUUAGGUCCUGCACUAAGCUACACUUUAGGAACCUUGAUGAUUCUAACAGCAAUUGUAACUAUCCUAGGAAAUCUACUUGUUAUAAUCAUAAUCAUGAGAUCACCUAAGAUCCAGACCAUUACAUCAGGAUUCCUGCUCAAUCUAGCCAUCGCUGAUCUCACCACAGGAAUCCUCCUACUUCCCUUUGCAUCGGCUGUCCAUGUUUAUCAAGGGUGGAUCUACUCCGAAGAAUGGUGUGGGAUACUGGGAUUUGUGUACCUCGUUGUCGGGAUCGUCUCAACAUGGACUCUGGCGAGUCUGAGCAUGGAGCGGUACAUUGCCGUCAAUCAACCUCUGAAAUACCAUCAGAUGCUUACCAAGUCACGAGUGUGGAUCACCAUACUCCUGAAUUGGGGAUUUGCCGUGUUCAUGGCAACAGUGCCAUUCAUGUCCAGCAGCAACUACACUUAUCUUCCCACAUACGGAUUCUGUCUUCCAGACUUCUUUGAAAAUGGAGUAGCCUCAAUAAUCAUACUGACAACAGGGAUAUGCUUUCCGUUUGUAAUUAUGUGUUUGGCUUAUAUUUCAAUUGGACGUGUGGCAUGCACUCAAGCCAGGAGAAAAGUCAUAGAGUGUAAUGAGGAUCACUGUGUCUAUGUCACGCCUAAAAACAAGGAUUAUCGAGCAGCAAAGAUACUAGCAGCUUUGGCAGGUGUAUUUGCUAUCUGCUGGCUCCCUUUCACUUUCCUGUGUAGCUGGGAUACGUCUGGUCAGCACAGUGUACCACCCCUCCUUACAUCUGUGGCAUUUUGGUUCACAUUACUCAGCUCAGCCAUCAAUCCUUGGCUCUACUCUAUCCUAAACCGGACCUUCCGAGCAGCCAUGCGACAGCUCGUCAUGCAGGCUGUGCACAAGCUACCACUCCUGCGUAACCACUUCCGCGUGGGUCCAGAAGCAGCAGCCACGGCGCAAGGAGGAAACGCUAGUCUCGAGAUGACAGAGUGCAGGGACACGCAGGGCAAGGGGAACCGCAGAAGUGGAAGUCAAAAAGAAAAUGAUGAUACGCACACCAACGAAAGGACUACUCAUUCCUCAAGCAUGUCUAAGAAACAAGUUGAGGAAGGCCAACAAAAGAUACAAUCAUCGCAGCAUAUCACUGCUGUACAAGCAACAAUUGAAGUCGGGGAAACGGCAGAAGUUUAAUCAUUCCAAUAAACCCUAAAUGCAGCUUGAUAACGACAAGAAAGCAAGGUGAUAGUGUCCCAUUGAAUUCAAAUAGUAUACAAAUAAUGAAUGUUUAUGAGUGCAAUGGACAGAAUACUUCAUGAGGUGAAAUAUGAAAUGAUCCAUUCAAUGAGGCAUAGCGAAGUUAUAUAGAUCAUUCAUUUCAUCUUUCAGCGAAUGAAGUACUUUGUCCAUUGCACGAAUGAUAAAAACAUUCAUUAUUUGGUUUAUGUGACACCUAAAAAUAGAUUCUUUUUCAUACGAAAUUUAUGAAUUUUGAUGCAAAAUAAUUAUGUUCAUGUAGUGCGAUCUCGGUCUGUUUAUUGUCGAGUACAUACAACAUGCACGCUGCAUGAAUGGAUUUACUUGUGGUGCCUGUAGUCUCGGUGCGCGUGCAAUGGACAAAAUCGUAUGGAUCCAAAAUUGCACAAUGAAUGGAUCCAAAAUUGCACAGUUGAUGGCGUCAUUGUAAAAUGGACUGAAUGAUCGAUAUCAAACAACCAAUCAAAUGACAAGGAUCUAUCUAGGUAUCAUAUAAAAUGAAUUAUUUAUUAAACCUCUGACUACUAUUAAAAUUAUGUAAUUCCCAUAGGCUUUGUACAAGGACAAAUGAGUUUCAGUAUAGAGACAGGUCGAAAAAAAAUUGGCAGACAAAAUAGUUAAAUCUAAAACUCAUACAUUCCUCAGGAUUAACAGGUGAAUCAUACAACUGUCAUUUUCAUCAUUUUUAUAUUUUACUAAUUAGAGCAUAACUCUUUCAGAUCAUUACGGAAACUAUACCAAGUAUUGCACUCUUGAAUAAAAUAACAAGGUGACUAAUCAGGUGCAACUAAUAUCAAUUAUCAUGUAUAUUUUUUUUUUUAGUCAAAUGCAACUGAAAAUAGUAUUGAUUUAAUGAAUAUUAAAAAAAUAAAAUAUUCUCAAAUUAUUGUUGCACCUAGUUGAUUCUUUCACCUUAAAAGAUUUAAAUCAAUACACACAGUUUUUUUGUUGAGUGCAUGAAUAAAUAAAAUGUUUAUUGGUGACAGACAAUUCAGAAAUUAUUGAAAGCAGAUAUCAUUUUUAUGUGUUAAUAUCUAUCAGAUGUGCUGUAAGAUUUCUUUUAUUUUUCUUCAAAUUAUACAUGUUCUCUCUGACAGUCUCUUAAAUUUCCAAAUUUUCUUAUUCUGUAGCAAAUUGUUAUACUGUAGUUGUAUUUAAUAGCAGAUUCAUCAGCAGCUUCAUCUCUUCCUAAAUAGCCUACAAUUUACUUUUUUGUUCUUUUAAAAAACAAAAAAAGAAAGAAUCGGUACAGGAUAAAAACUCCAACCCCCUCCCUCUUUCUCUCUCCCUCUCCCCCUCCCUCUCUCUCACCACCUCCCCCCCCCCCCCAUCAUCUCUCUUAUUCUAUCUCUUACUUCAGUUAAAGAAUACAUGAAGAAAACCAGUUAUCCUUAACUUGAUCACUGCUUGGCCUGAUGAAUUAAUUUCACAUGUAACAGAGUCUGUACCCACUCCAGCACAGAACUCUAUUCCGUAUUUUGCUACAAAAUUGAUUAUGUGUACACUGAACAGAAUAUCCAAUUGCCACUUGACUGUAGAUGGUGGUCAAUCUCCCUCUCUACACGCAGUGUAAUGUCGGAAAAGAACAAACACUUCACCGAUUUAAUUGCUCCUUUCUUUUAUUUUAUUUUGUGUCAAUGUGGGCUUUCUAAAAAUAUCGGUCCUCUUCGCAUGUAAUUGCAAGACCAGCUUAGCCAGGGCCAUAUAAUAGACCAUUAUCCACAUCUAAGUUUUAAAGUCAAUUACAUACUGUCCUCAUACAUAUGAUUUAUAUCAACCUCGCCGGCUAUGCCUGCCGUCUAUAUGAUUUAUUCUGAGAAAAAAGUGAGAUGCAAAAGAUAGGGAUCGUGGUUUUAAUAAAUCUGACUAAAUAUCAGUAUAUUUCUUGUGAAUAAUCAUGAUCAAUAGGGUUGAGCACUGUACAGUAUGAUGUUUGGAUUCAGUGACUUUGCACUUGCUCUAGCAACAAUGGCUGCUUUCAAGUUCAAGUUUGGUGUUGAGUUUUUGGUGAAGGCAUUGGGCCUAUUGUCACAUCAGCACAGGACCAAACUUAAAAAUGAUGCUGGUGGUUGGAUGAACUUCACUACAUGUAGGUGUUGAGCUACAUGUAAGGUCCACUAUGUGAUUUUGAUUUGUAAUUUUGAUUAUUUUUCUAAGAUUUUGAAGCGCAUGAAUGUAAUCUAAAUUGUGCAACAUUGACGCCAGCACUUACAGUACACUGAAUUUGAAAUCACCCAAUUUCUCCUGCAGUUUGAUCUUUGAGCUUCAAAAUUAUUAAAGAUUCUCAAAUCAUCCUGGAACAACUUGCCAAUAACAUCAUUAAUUAAUGUAGGGAGUAUAGAAUCUUUUCUUUCAAGACAUCUUACAUUGUCCUUAUGAAAUGGAGUGACAAAUGCAAUUCUGUACUUUUGAAACAGAAAGUAAAAUCUUGUUUGCAUAUCAAAAUUAACAGUACAUUACCAUGUAUGCUUAAUGAGCUAUUAAAACGGUUUGGUAAAAAGUCUGAACAAAUAUAUCCUAACACAAUGUUAAUGAAUGCACAUAAUAACAAUAUCAGAGUUCAGGAGUCCCAGUGCACAUUUUCAUUCUUUGUGGCCUGUUACUGACAGGGUGAUGAGCCUGUAUUUUUAAUGAUUUUUUCAAGAAAUUUUUAAGAUUUAUCCAGUAGAGGGUAGAUUCAAGAAGUUACCAUUAAGAGAUGUUUGGACAGGCUGACAGGGCAACUAUUAAAAUUCCAAGUUUAAUGGACUGACACCUACAUGCAUCAGAGGACUUAUUCACUGAGCUUUGUUUCCUUUUACUAUAUAUAUAUGUACAUGGUAAUGAUAAUCUGGAUUUCCAAGCACCAUUUACCUAGAAAUAAUCUAUCCCAAGGCACAGUAUUAUCAUUACCCCGACUUUAGCUCAAGCUGCUGUUUUCAGAGCUCAGCACAUUCAAGGAUUUAAUCCUGCCGAAUUCACCUCACCUAGGAGCCGUUUCAUAAAGCUGCACAUAUUAAAGUUAAAAAUGAAUUCAUGCACGACUGGUGACCAUUUCUUUGGCUAAAUAAUAUAUCUGUAUGUAGCUAGUCAUGCAUAAAAUCGUGAGUAACAUUACAAACAGCUUUAUGAAACACCCACCUGGGUUGAGUGCAGCAAAAUAUGGGUAAAAACACACCGUGGCUGGGAUUCAAGUCCACGACCCUCUGAUUGAAAGAACCAAAGAUGCCCCCACGUAUGACGUAUGCACAUAUCUAAACAUUACAGCAUUAAAUAAGGCUAUGUUAUAUCUGCAUCAUGUCUGAACAAAUAUGCCAUACAUCAACUUGCAAGUCGAAGUACAUGUCUAUUUCUCAAGGUACAUGUACAUGCAUAGCAGAUUAUAUCCUAAUGUGAAAGCUCCUAGAAAUAAACAAAUUGCAUAUAUGUACAACUUAACUCAUAAAAAGACAAAUGUAUUUUGAAUAAUAUGAUUAUUUGGCCAAAUUUCUGAUUACCAGUACAAAAAAAAAUAGUUUUUAUAACUUUCAAUGUCAAUAAGUGAAUGAAAUCAACCAAGCAUCUAAAUGCUUUACAUGACCUCAUUAGUUUCCCUUCUCUCUACUGGCCCUCACACUUUUUUUGUUUAUCUAAUUUUUGCAUUUUUAUUCAAUGCAGAUUGUAAUUUGUUUAUGUCAGUGGUUGUAUGCUUGUUAUUCAUUAUUCAGAGGUUAACAAGGUUGUAAAAAUGAUGACUGAUACUGAAUUUUUUCAUGUGAAGUAUUAAAAUAGCUGGAAAUUUUUCAAUAGC